AUGGUUUGGUGGGAGUUUGCUUUGAUGGCACCACAAAGCUCCAUUUUUGUGAAAAAGGAGUUAAAACAGCCGCUAAAAAACUAUCAGGACGAUAUUUGGAAAUCUGUUUUCAAGCCUCUAUAUGAUACUCCGCUGGAAGUCCUUGGGUUUUCCAGCAGGAUUUCGCUCCAGCUCACAAGGCCAGGUCAACUCAGCAUAGGCUGCAAAAGAACAUUCCAGAGUUCAUCUCUGCCUCGGAUUAGCCCUCAGGAAGUUCUGAUCUCAACCUACUAG